AUGCCACAUCCCGAAAAGUUCCUCCAGCUCCUGCGCUCCAUCUCCAGCCAAGUCUACAGUAUCACCAAGAAAAUUGUCUUUAUCUGUGGAGAAGCAAUGAAGGGUCAAGAAACUAAAGAACUAGAACAGUUUGGAGGGCAAUUGCAAAGAUUCAUAAAGAAUCUGGAAGCGGAAAAACUAGAAGAUGCCAAAGAAAGACGUCGCACCAGAGGACCUUACUCCCAUCCAAAUCUGGAUACUUGCGCUCAGACCGACGAGAUUCCACGUUUCUAUGCAGCAUAA